UUUGCCCCCAGGGCAGCACCACACUCCCCUGAAGCAGCUGUUGCCCCAGAAGUGGCAGCAUCAGCGGCUGCCCCAGAAGUGGCAGCACCAGCAGCUGCCACCCCAGAAGUGGCAGCACCAGCAGCCCCUGAAGUUGCUGCCCCAGAAGCAGCAGCUGCAGCCCCUGAAGCAGCUGCUGCCCCAGAAGCAGCAGCACCUGCCCCAGAAGCAGCAGCACCUGCCCCAGAGGCAGCACCAGCAGCCCCUGAAGCUGUUGCCCCAGAAGUGGCAGCACCGGCAGCUGCCCCAGAAGCAGCAGCAGCCCCAGAAGCAGCAGCUGCAGCCCCUGAAGCAGCUGCACCUGCCCCAGAAGCCGCUGCACCUGCCCCAGAGGCAGCACCAGCAGCCCCUGAAGCUGCUGCUGCUGCUCCAGAACCAGCUCCACCCGCUGAAGCAGCUGCAGUACCUGAGCCAGCUACCACAGCAGAACCUGAACCAGCAGUGGAAGUAAAAGCUGCUCCUGAGGCAGUGGAGGCACCUGCACCAGAAGCAGCUGCAGCACCGGCAGCAGAAGAACCAGCUGCUGCAGUAGAAGCAGCACCAGCAGCAGCAGCUGAGGAACCAGCUGUUGUGGAAGCUGCACCGGCAGAAGCCGAGCCAGCAGCGACAGUCGAGGAAAUAGUAGCAGAGGUCGCUAAACCAGUAGAAGCAGAAACGAUCUCAGUUGCCGAGGAUGCAGCAACUGCGGCUGCUGUCGCAGCUGUAGAGGAAGCAGCAGCAGCGGAAACUCCGCUAUCGGAAGCUCCCUCUGGAAUUCAACCAGGUCAAGUUACAGCCGUUAUUGGUGCUGUAGUCGACGUACAGUUCAAAGGGGAACUUCCUCCAAUCUUAAAUGCCCUUGAAGUGGAAAACCGUCAGCCUCGCCUUGUACUUGAAGUAGCGCAGCAUCUUGGUGGAAAUACUGUACGCACCAUUGCCAUGGACGGCACAGAGGGAUUGGUCCGUGGCCAGAGAGUGAUUGAUUCAGGUGGCCCCAUUUCCAUUCCAGUAGGACCUGCAACCCUAGGAAGGAUCAUUAAUGUCAUUGGUGAACCCAUAGAUGAACGUGGUCCUAUAGAAACGCCUACAUAUGCUGCCAUCCACGCUGAAGCCCCAGAGUUCAAAGACAUGAAUGUGGACCAAGAGAUUUUGGUUACUGGAAUCAAAGUUGUUGACAUGUUGGCACCUUAUUCCAAAGGAGGCAAGAUUGGCCUCUUCGGUGGUGCAGGUGUGGGCAAAACUGUAUUGAUUAUGGAACUCAUCAACAAUGUUGCAAAAGCCCACGGUGGUUACUCUGUAUUCGCUGGAGUGGGUGAGAGGACGAGAGAAGGCAAUGAUCUGUACCACGAGAUGAUUGAAUCUGGUGUCAUUUCUUUGACGGACGAAACCUCAAAGGUCGCCCUUGUCUACGGUCAGAUGAACGAACCACCAGGUGCUCGUGCCCGUGUAGCCUUGACAGGUCUCACGGUGGCAGAAUAUUUCAGAGACCAGGAAGGCCAAGACGUAUUAUUCUUCGUUGACAACAUUUUCAGGUUCACACAAGCUGGUUCUGAAGUGUCUGCCCUGCUGGGUCGUAUUCCAUCAGCUGUGGGUUACCAGCCAACGUUAGCCACUGAUAUGGGUAGCAUGCAAGAGAGGAUUACCACAACUAAGAAGGGAUCUAUCACUUCUGUGCAGGCCAUUUACGUCCCAGCUGACGACUUGACUGACCCUGCCCCAGCCACUACAUUCGCCCAUCUUGACGCCACUACUGUGUUGUCGAGAGGCAUCGCAGAGUUGGGAAUUUACCCUGCUGUCGAUCCCUUGGAUUCGACGUCGAGGAUCAUGGAUCCAAAUGUCAUUGGACCUGAUCACUACACAACAGCUCGAGGAGUUCAGAAGAUCUUGCAGGACUACAAGUCUCUCCAGGAUAUCAUUGCUAUCCUUGGCAUGGACGAAUUGUCAGAGGAGGACAAGCUGACGGUGGCUAGGGCGCGCAAAGUGCAGAAGUUCAUGUCACAACCUUUCCAAGUUGCUGAAGUUUUCACAGGUUACGAAGGGAAGUUCGUUUCUCUUGAGAACACCAUCAAGAGCUUCAAGGAGAUUCUAGGUGGAAAGCACGACAACCUUCCUGAAGCAGCCUUCUACAUGGUAGGCGACAUCACAGAAGUGCAGGCGAAAGCAGAGGAGCUUUCUCAGUAAACAAAUCUAGAAUUGCGAUGGAAUUCGAUACCAGUUUCGUAGUAAUUUGUGAAUGCUAUGAAUACUCUUUCCUGUGCCUCAUGUUCAGGCCAGAUUGUCAAGCAGGAGCAGCACAAACAAGUUUGGUAAUGGGAGCUUCUGACUCUUAACUGUUAAUAUCCUGCCAGAAUUAUUACUGAUGUUGAGAAGUGGUACAGUAACUCUAUAAAUUUCAGUCAUUCUUCAGAAUCCUUAUAUAUUUUUGAAUGAGUAGGCAAUUAGAAAGGCCUCCAAUGGUAUAACCAUGAUUAAAAUCAUCAAUAAAGUUUCUCUUCAUAAAAAUGUAGGAAAUAUCUCCUUGUGCAGGCAAAUGAUCUAAUAAUCACUUGAUCGUAGAGGCAAAUAGAUUUUUGGAAUAAUUCUGGUUGUUAGCUCAGAUUGUGAGAAAAAAAUGUUAAGUAGACAUUUUUAUGAUGUUGUAUAAGGGUCAACUGAAUGUAGCAGAAGGUAAAAUGUUAUUGUAAAUAGUGUGUGAGAUAUAUAAAUGAAUUAGAAUGUGGUGGUGUGUCUGUAUGUUAAGAAAGGUACAGGUAGUUUUGUACAUUGAAUAACAUAAAUGAAAAAAAUAUUCACGAGCAAACAAUAAAUAGUUGUUUGUGAAUGGAAAUGACGUGUAAAUGCACAUUGAAUUUCAGCAAUUAAAUGGUUGUCAUCAUAUUAGGAAUAUGUUCUGUCCAUCACAAAUCAUAAAAAUGUCCCUGUCAAGUUUUGAAGACAUAGUCUUGAUAUUUCUAUAUUUUACUACAAGUUUUAUAUAACUUUUUUUUUUUUUCAUUUCCCUUUGAGUUGUCAUAAUUCUUGCAUUGAAUUUCUUUCUGCAUGGAUUGUGAGCGUAGGGCCAUUUGUAGAUAAUUUGUCAGUUCAUCAUCAGCCUGGUGCUUUUGUAAUGCAGUCAAGCCAAAAAACAGUUGUAUUUUGUAUUUUCUAAUACUUUUGAAACCCGUUUUCAAGUCUGUAAUUAGGUUUUCAGGACACGAUUUAAUAUGAACUACUAAUUUUCCUGUUUUAGAUAUAUAUUUUUGAAAAUUUUCAGGCUCUCAGAAAUAUACCUCAGGGAUAUAAUGUACUUUGUAGAUAUUUUAGAUAUAUUUACUUACAAGCAUUUCACAUUUAUUUUACAUUUUUCUCCAUGUCUCAAGUUGAAUGUUUGUACAUAGCAAGAAUCUUUUCCGUACAGAGUGUGAGAAAGAUUUCGUGUUGAUAAACAUUCUGAGAGAUUUUGUGAAAACGUAUUUUGGCACCAAAUAAAGCUUCAGAAUUUAGCUUUCUUGUGCCUGCCAUGAAUAUUGAGGAUUAUCAAAGUUACAGAAUUUAAACCUUUUCAGGAGUAUGAAGCAUAAUUUGAGACAUUUCACAAGUAUUUAACUUCGUGCCAUAAAUAUAAUGGGCUUCCCAAGCUAGAGAAUUUUGAUUUUUUUUCUUGAAUAAGAAGCAUAAUGAGAUAUUUCACAUUUUUUGUCAUGCAGAAAAAAUGUAUUACAUACGUUUUAAAUCUGUAUUGUAGAAAGUUCCUGUACUUAUGUGUGCUACAGGAUCUUCUUCAGUAUACAGAGAACAACCAUCAUGCUUUUGUAAUAUUUUGGAAGCAAGUAUCAUAACGAUGUGCCUUGCAAUACCUUUAAAAAUAAAACCAGUUGUCCAUUUAUUUCUGUACAGUGAAAGAACGAAGGAAAAUACUUUCAAACAGUUUGAAAUACGUCGUACCCAUUUAGAAAGGUACACAUAUAGGUUUAGAAAUGACUGAAAUAUCUUUUUCCUAAUUUCACAGCCAAAAAUGUGUAAAAAUAUGGCAAUAAUGAGUUGGAAAUCAUAAUAAAAAUAUUAAAUUUAAUAAUUUUAACCAAUUUACUCUAAACCAAUAGCUAUAAGAAUAUGGUAAAUUUACGACCAUUUUUAAGCUUUGCAUUCCAUUCUUAAGACUAACAGACUUCUAUUCUGGGACUUACGGACUUUCUGGUAUGGGAAACUGAUGCAACUGUUUUAUAAUGGUUUCACUCCAAGGACUCAACUUGUGAUAAAUACAUUUCUGAAGUGUCAUUUUACAGUUCGAAUGUAUUAUACCUGUUUCUCCAGAGGUUUGAUACUUUGAGAAAUAAUAUACUUUUCGUUUCUGUGAAAUAUACUAGGACUGGGAAA